GAUUGGGCUCAGCGACUUACGGUGCGUAAAGUGGCGGGGCGCUCGCUUAGCGUUGGAUUUGCUGCAAUGACUCGUCUAUGCAUAAAUUCUACGCCCGUUCAACGACAAAGUUAAAACGCUCAAAUGUCUCGGAGCAAUCAAACGGUAUGCGGAGUGCAAGUUCGUCUGCUUCUUGGGCUGCAAUAAUAUCAAAACGCCAAGCUCUUAUUAACCGAAAAAAAAAAAAAAAGUGUAGUCCUCGAGGCAUCUACCAUUGAGGUCUACCCACUAUUCUUCCAAUCAAAGUCAUUUAGAGCUCGGCGUCGUUGCGACGUCAACUCAACUCCUGGGCAAGAAGCAGACUUGCUCUCCGCAAUGCGCUUCCUUUAAUUAACCCUGCAUUUCAUCGAGAUCUCUGCAUACCUUACCGCGGAGUCAGAUAGCAGAGCCCGAACAGAGAAGAUUAUCGCGUUGUAAAAACGAUGAGAGGACAUCCCGUUGCAAAACUUCCCAGAUAAAGACUUCAAGCAAGUGCGACCUCGGCAAGUGUGCGACCCACACGCCUCUUCCUCGUUCCGCCACUGCAGGAUCGACGCCCCGUCGGCUUUAUCUCUCGCAUCAUGGGCCAGGAAGUUCCAGAUGACAAGACAGUACAGAAGCUGGUCCAUUUGUCGCAAGAGGUACGGGCUAACGCAUACUGCCCGUACAGCCAGGUGCAAGUGGGGGCGGCUCUACUGUGCGAAGACGGGACUAUAUACACAGGAUGCAACGUGGAGAACGCCAGCUAUGGGCUGACCAUAUGUGCAGAGAGAACUGCAAUUGUAAAGGCGGUAUCGGAAGGCCGCAGAUACUUCAAGGCAAUGGCUGUCGCGUCGAAUAUGAAGGACUUCACUAUGCCAUGUGGAAACUGCCGGCAGUUUAUUCUAGAGUUUGGACCCGACAUCGUUGUGUAUGCCGUUGGGAACAGUGGCCAAGUUUUAGCGAAGAGAGUGGAUGAACUUCUGCCCUUUGCAUUCACUGGUAGUGACCUGCCUGCAAAAUAAUUCAAGAUAAAGGAAAGACACCAAAAAUUAAAAAAAAAAGGGUGCCUUAAAAAUAAAAAGGCACUUUGAUCUACCUCGCUUUAAAAUAAAAACCCAAAAGGAUCCCUCAAAAAAAGAAUCGAAACAUACCAUUUAUUUUUAGCCUUAUUCAGCCAUCAGCGAGAGAAAUGUGAUUUACACAAUAGUAUCUUGCAACAGACGUGCUCAAGUAUCAGUCCUUAUUUCUGAAAUAAAGUGUGCCAUCCAGCCCUCUA